GCUGCGGUGAAAAUGGACCAGGUUACGGAGACAGCCGAGCAAGGAAGUGCGAGGCAGGUGUGUUUACAGCUGCCCGACGGGAUGGAUGUGGAGGAGUGUGGAGUACAGGCAGAGUCCCGAAAGUCCCUGAAACGGCAGAGAGAGCCCCUCGCCAACGGCGAACAGAACUUCCCGUCUUCCCCUCAGCCCCCAGGUGGUCUGAAACGGCGUUGCCUGGAGCCAUCCGGGGAGGAGAACGUGAAACCCCUGGAGCUGUGGGGAGGGUCUCCCGGUAGAUCACGCCUCCGAUGGGCGGAGCAAAUGGUGAAGCCAGACACGCCCGUCAUUUCGUCCGUGCAGGCCAGGCUGCGGCAGCUGAACCAGAGACGGGAGGGGGCAGCACCACCCGCACAACGAUGCCUGUCAGACCCAGGAAGGGGGGCGCUCUCUGGCUGCGAUCCCCAAGCUGACGAGGAAGGAUCCAGGGCAGAGCUGCGUCUCAUCGGUGACGCAGAGUUCCGUUCGCGGGUGGAGCGGUUUGAGCUGCGGCCCCCGGAAGAUGGCCCCUCCCUGUCCACGCCUCGCCCCCGCGUCUUGUCUAGCUUCGCUCGCACCAUUCAGCAGAAGCUGCAGAGCGCCGAGACUCCGAGCACGAGCCGCGCUGAACGCAUCCGCAGGGAGAGGGAGCAGGAGCUACGCUUGCUGAAGUCCCAGCCAAUCAGUGACAAUGCCUGGCUGAAGAGGAGCUGGUCGGACCCUUCCCUGGCUGAGCAGGCUGAGCCUGACGUGCAGGUAGAGAAAUCCAGCAGUGACCAAUGGUCUGAGGUGGAGCACAGCAGCACGACAGAGACAUCGGCCUCAUCUGAGGAGAACUCGUGCUUCAGUGAGGAGCCGUGUCCUCAGGUGAAGAGAACAGAUGUGGAGCUGACCUCCCAAGAGGAGAUGAACACCUCUGAGAUGAUCGACCAGAUGUUUAAGGGGGUGCUGGACAUAACGGUGGAAGAAGAGGAGGGCGAGAAAGAGGAGGAUGGGAACGGGAACAGCAAUGGUGAAGAGUCAGGGGAGGAGAAGAAAGAGCAGGGGGAUGAGAAAAUGAACGCUGAAGACGAGAACAAGCCGCUGGACACCAGCUUGGAGGAGCUGCUGACCAUCCCUCCCAGCUGCAUUCUCUCUCCUCUCAGCAAGUCACUGGCGGCUGUGGUCACCCCGAUGAGAGUGGCCCCCAGCCCCCAGCUUGAUCCUCCACCCUUACUGCUAACCCCUGAGGAAGUACCCACCCCACCUGCGGACAGUCCACCUCUGUACAGCAUCGAUGCGUAUCGCAAUCAGCGUCAGCUUUCCCAGCCGCCGGUGCGGAGCGUGACCCCAGCAGUGAGCAGGCGUGUCACUGACAGGUCACGACUUCAGCCCCCUGUCAACACGAAGGAAAAGAUCACGCUGCUGAACGAGGAGGCGGCGAAGCUCCAAGGUGUCAUCACUCAGACCCUGCAGGCCCUCAGCUGCUGCACGGACGAGGGACAUGGCAGGGGGUCUCUGGAGGAGGUUGAGGCCGAGAAACUGCUGCUGGUGUCCUAUGAGAAACGGUCAGCCCUGCUGGCGGAGGUGUCCCGGCUGAGGGAGGGGAACAUGGGACAGGCAGGGGUUUGUGACCCUGAUUCAAGAUCCCUGUCUACGGAGCCUUGCAGGGGAACGGUCACUAUAAGCAACGUGCAGCUGCCCCUUAAGGUGGAGUUCAUCUGCCCUGCCCGCACACGCACAGGUCAGCCCACACACUACUUCUUUGUUCUGAUUCGCUAUGGAGCCUGCAACAUUGUGGCCACGCCCUUAGCCACAGCAGCAGAUGCCCGGAAUGGGGACACCAUCUCCUUCCCUACCGCCAUCACCCUGCAGGACAUUCGUGCCAACUUCCAGAUAGACGUGGAGGUCUACAGCCUGUCCCGGUCUACAGGGAAUAACCUGAACAUGGAGCGGCGCUCAACAAAGUAUAAGGUCACUCCAAAGAAACUCCUGAACACCAUCAGUAGAUUCAACCACAGCUUGACAUCUGCAACCAUGCCCUCCAUGAACCCACGCCGCUCCAGUAACUUCUCUCUGGUUGGCUCCCACAAAAUCACCCUGGCCUCCCUGGGACAGAGCAAGUUUCCCCUGGACAAGGUGCCCUUCCUGUCUCCUCUGGCGGGGAAUAUCUACUUGCGCCUGGAGUGCGAGGGCCACUCCCAUGUCCAACACCGUGGCUUUCUGACCAUGUUUGAGGAUGUGAAUGGAUUUGGGGCGUGGCACCGGCACUGGUUCUGCCUAGAAGAGAGCCGUCUGUCCUACUGGAACUACCCUAACGAUGAGCACAUCAGGGCACCAGAGGGCAGCAUCUCCCUGGCCAGCUGCAGCAGUCACUGUGUAAGGCCUGUAACGAGGGACUCCUGUGCCCGCCCAAACACCUUUGAGCUGGUGAACACUAGGAUCCUGCAGCAGAACCAAUGUCAGGGACUGGACAAGCGCUGGUUUUCUGCCGACACGCGUGAGGAGCGGGAGGAGUGGAUGGAGAAGCUCAACCAGUCUCUGCUGGACCUGCGCACCUGGAAGCCCCGCCCAGUGACCUCUGACCCCCAGCCCUGUGGACCAUCCCGAGAGAGCAUACUGUAGGCCCCAUGCUAGAAUGCAAGUGAGGGGGAUACACCACAGCCUCCACAUAGUUCUCAUAUACAAUACUUUACGUAUACAACAUAAAAAAGGACCCGAGUUACGUGUAAAAGUGCAGAUUCAUGGUACCCAGGAGCUCUCAGGGCCAAGUUGAAGUAUGAUGAAGCAAAACUGGUUUUGUGGCUGAGGGAUCUCAACCUCAAGUCCUGGGCAACAGGAAGGAUUUGU